CUCAACUCUCCUGGUGUUGAAGAUCUCGGUCUUUUUUGCUGCUGCAUUAAUUUUCGUCUUGGACGUUCGAGUUGAACUUCUUGAUUUUGUACAGCGAUGGAGGAUCACCGUCCAUCUCGACCUGUCCGUUCACAAAGGCGUACUAGAAAUGAAAGUGUCAGUUUAAAGCAGCCAGAAUUGCUACAGUCUCGUGAGAAUUCCUUAGAUAGUCUCGAUGAUGGCACAUUUAGGGAGAUAAACAAUGUUCUUAAGCACGUUAGAAAUGAAUGGGCAUACGUUAUGGAACCAAAUUUCAACCCGGUCACAUUGGGAUUGGCCUUGAUGGACCACUCAGAAGCUGAUGCCUUGAAUUCCUUCCUAGAUACCAAGCACAAUCUCGAGCAGGCCUUGCAGAGUAUCUUCAAUACACACUCAGAUGCUUUUCAGAAUACUAUAGACGCACAUCAGACAUUCAAUAAUACCCUCUUAGACACCGUCAACACUAUCAAUGAUACGCGAUAUUCACUCAAGGAAGCACGUGACGGUUUGGAAACUCAACGACAAGACCUCAAGCAGCUUUGGUCGAAAGGAAAUCAAGUGCGUGAAGCUAUGAAGAUAAUAGAUCAGAUCGACACACUCAAAAACGUACCAGAUAAGCUCGAAUCAUUGAUAAGUGAAAAGAGGUGGAUAGAGGCGGUAUUACUCUUGAUAAACUCUUUGAAGGCUAUCAAUCAACCUUCUCUACGUGGUGUUGGAGCUAUCGUUGACCUCAGACUUUUCUUGCAAUCACAGGAGAGCGCUUUAAGAGAGAUGCUGAUAGAGGAGCUUCAUAAUCAUAUAUACCUCAAAUCAGUAUAUUCAGAAACACGAUGGAAACCUUACAAACCAAACAAGGAGCCUCCCUCACCAGUACCAAGUGAGGCUUCAGAAAUCGACAACAACUUCGAAAAGUACUUGAACAAUUUGCAGAAAGUACAACUGAAAGAUUACACUAAAGUUGAAGAAAACAAUUUGAGAGUAUCUACGUCAUCAACCAUGAAUAUACCUUCACCCAGCCUCAUAUCAAACAAUUCACCAAUACCCUCGCCAUCACUUCAGCAUGAAUUUUCCGUUGAGAAUGUCCAACAAGACAGGAAUAGCGUUCAAUUGGGUGCUUCUGAAUCAGAUUCUUUUGAGUAUAUACAAACAGUUUUAGAAAGUUUGAAUGCACUAGGUAAAUUGUCGGAUGCACUCGAUUUAAUUCCUCAGAGGUUGCCAAUUGAAGUCCAAUCAAUCAUCAGUUCAACUAUAGAUCAAAUAGCUAGUCGAUCUGAUAGUCAUCAGAAGACUAAUGCAAAAGGUGAUCAAAUGCCUGCAUCUUCUGCAGUUACUGCUGGUAUUAUUUCGUCGCUAUUCAAGAAUGCUGAAAAUAUGCACAAAGCUAGAGAGCUUGAUAUGGGUGCUUAUGUAUUAAGAGAGCUAUUCCGGACGUUAUUUUCAAAAUUAGAGGCUGUUCUGCAGGGACUUAGAGUUGUUUCUGAAGUUUCAUACAAGUUAGUGGGUGAUAAAUUGCAAGUAUCUUUGAAAGAAAUGUGGAAAUUGAUGCAAUUUGAGAUACAAAGUCUAAUACAAGGGUAUUUAGUUGAUGAUAGCCAUGGUAUAGGUUCAACAACGAAUUUAGUCGCUUCAAUCAACGAUGUACUUCGCCAAGUCCAGAAUUCGCGUGAUAGAUCCAAAUAUCUUUUCAAAUUUAGCGAUACGGAUAUAAAGUCUUGUACGAGAGUUAUCAAACCGCAUGAAGAAGCCCUGCAGAGGAUAUUGCAGACAACUAUGCCAGGUUUAGUUUCCAACCAGACUUCUAAUGCGAAUCUGAUAGAAUCGACAAAUAUACCAACUAGCAUGGAACUUGAAAGAAAUUAUACUCGCAUCGCAAAAGCUGAUCCUUUCAAUAUUCCAGUCUUCUUCCAACCGACGUGCUCAUUCAUUGAUAAAUGUAUUGAAAUUCUGGGUAUAUCUGGUAUUUCACUCAACGAUGCAAAAGAAGGUGAAUACGAUCAACAAAAUGAUCUCAGGGACUUUAUGGAUACCUUCAUUGAGAAGGUGUUCUUACCACAGUUGCAAGACAAGGUUAUGGAAUUGUUCCAAGGUGCUGUAGCAUCUUCAGAUGCUUUCUCCGAAGAAACUGACCGUAUCGGCGAGACACCCAAACCUGUCGUCAAGUCUGUAUUUGGAUUGUUGGAUUUGAUAAGCCAUUUAUCUGAAAUGUUGCGUUCGACGCCUUUCCAUCGUGAAGCUUACAGUCGAUUAAUUAUUACUGUGAUAAUACAAUAUUAUCAGCGCAGCAGUGAACGCUUUAUCGACCUAGUCGGAAGAGAUGUGGCCAACAAAAAUGUGGAGAAUGGCACGCCAGAUCUUAAGUUAUCUGCUAAAUGGGCUCAACGAAGUGAGCUUACUGCCUGUUUGGCUGAAUUAUUAGCUACACCUGUUUCAGAUGUUAAUAGGAAGCGUGAGCUCUGUGCUCAAGAGAGUCGCGUAGAGAUGGGUAUAAAUGAUGCCGUUAAAGUUCGUUAUGACGAUCUUAUAUGCUCGAAGAAAAAGAUGAUGGGUCUUGGUAACCUCUUCUCUAGUCUGAAAUAUUUCAUUGUCAAGUUAUCGGCUUUGAAGGUAGCUUCUGAGCAACUCUUGCCUGAUGAGGAUUCACGAGCUUCUCGUGCAGCCUUUAAUCCAAGUGAUCAAGCAGACUUGCCAUUGACGAAAGAUAUGGUUUUACGAUUUGAGGCACUCUUGCAAACUUAUCAUCAGUUGAUCGAUAUGAUAUUAUUUACUAUGAGACUCGAGGUGAGGGUCAUUACAGUCUACUACCUCGACUUGGCCAUGCGUAACGGUAAUUAUCAAAUCGAUGAUGAUGCUAGUAAACCGGAUCCAAAUAUUGUCAAAGUUAAUACUGAGAUAAACGAACUUGACGAGGCUGCUUCGAGAACACUGACAGAAGAAGAGAGAAGGUUCUUAUUUGAUGGUGUUGGUUUACUCAUGGAUAAAAUUCUUAUGUCGGCUACUCGGACUAUUAAAUAUGCAACCAAUCAAGGCGCUAAGAAGAUGUUGAGAAAUAUAAGCGCAUUGCAACAAAACCUUAAAACAAUAGUUACAUGGCCAGUAGGCACAGACUUCAGUUUAUCUCGUAGAUUUUGGGAAUUACGCCUCAUUGACCCUAAAGAAUGGUUGGAUGGUUUAAGAACUCAUAAGCCUGAAUUUAGUUUCGAUGAAUAUGAAUGCUUGUUGAAAUUACAAUGCGGAGUUGGUAAUUCUGAUGAAGAUGAUGUUAAACUCGGUUCGUCAGAUAAAGCAAGACGUGUUUAUAAUGACUAUCACAUUGAGUUACACCAAUUAAUGAUGGAUGAUGACUUUUAAAAGUUUUAAGUGUAAAUGCUAUAAGAUGAAUAAGUUACAAUAUCAAGGAUUUACAAGUCUCUGUAAAAGAAUGAAUUAUUAUUAGUCGUUGAUUUUUCACUAUUAGUCCGCCGCCUAGUGUAAUCGUCAAACGAUUGGAAAGGUGGAUGCGAAAAGAAAGGUUCAGAAAUUGUGUGUGUUUGAGGUCUACCUAUAGGAGUAGGUACGACUUUCCUAUCUGACGUGCCCGUACCAGGUCUGGUUGAAGAGGCCGAAGUUGGGAAGGGCAAAAAGCUGUCCGUUGGACUGCUAGUUUGUGGAGGCGCCCAACUAAAAGUGUUAUCAAAUGGUAAGAAACUUAAACUUCUUUGUGAGUGGUGCCUUGUAUCAGAUGCAGUUGUGUUAGUUGGAUAGACUCUAUUAAAUGCAAUGUUACUUUCAUCUUCCUUUGAUAAUUCAUCAAUUUGUUUUUGGAUUUCGGGUAUAGACUUUUCUAACUUCUGUUUACGAUUGAAGAGCUUAUCAAGCUUGUGAUUAAGAACAGACAGUCGUUGCUGCUUUUCCAAGAAGGUCUGUUCAUGUUGAUGUAACGCCUGAGCUGUUAAAUCAUUUGAAACUCUCGCUUGUUCUUGUUUCGUUAGCCAUUCAUUUCGCAGUCGAUCAUGAUGAGCUUCCAAUGAAGGGAGUAAUUGAUUUAUUUCUUUAGAUCGCUGGUUUAUGAAUUCCGCAUCCUUAUUCGCUUUAUUGAUUGAACCUUGUAAACUCAAUAUUUUUUGCUUUGACCUCUGAUCAUUUGGUUGAUUUUUAUCAAUAGUUCUCUUUAAAGCUUCAAUUUCUGAUUGUAUAGAAGCAGUAUGCCUUUGUGAUUCCUUUCUCGUACGUUUUAGUUCAGACAUUAGGGAAUCUUUCUGUUCAACCGUUGAUCUAAGCGUAGAUUCCAAUGGAGCGAUUAGAGGUUUAUCAGAUUUAGACUCUAUUGAAGAUGAUGUACUGAGCCAUUUGAGCUCUAACUCAUAAUCCAUACCCGGGGUCAAGCCAUAGACAAUCAAGGAAGCUUCUUCCUUAGAGGAAUGCUUGAGGUGGGCUUUCGUCCAGGGCUUGCCGUUCAAAGUCAAGCUGAUAGAUUCCUUAUUCUCUAUAGAGAGUGCUUCCAAUGACCAAUUCAACUUUAUCUGGUUGCAAGUAACCUCUUUCACCGUUAUUGAUAAACUAGGCCUACAUAUCCCCAUUUAGAUUUUCUCUCUUCG